AUGCGCGCACCACCUCUCGUCCUCCUCUGCCUCGCCGGCGUCGCGAGCUUCCAGCCCGCUCACUUUCGAAAGCACGGCAACACGCGGCUGGCGUCGACGGCGGACAUCGACCCGGUCAAGUACGACAAGGCCUUAAACGGCAUGACGAAAUUCAGCAACCAGUACAUCAAGCGCACGGGCACUUCCUACUGCUCGGAGCCCUCGGUGCCCGCCUUCGUGAUCCGCGGGCUCGCCGAGCACAAGGUGACGCUCGGCGCGCCGCUCUGCCCGUGCCGCCACUACGAGGACAAGGCCGCGGAGGUGAAGAAGGGCUAUUGGAACUGCCCCUGCGUGCCCAUGCGGGAAGAGAAGAAGUGCCACUGCAUGCUCUUCCUCACGGACGACAACGAGUUCGCGGGCGACAGCAAGGAGCUGGCCGUGGACGACGUCCGCCGCCUGACGGAGAGCUAG